AUCCGUCUUCUGAACCUUCAACCAGGUUCAUUCGACGAUCCUAUCUGCUGCUAUCUUGACCAAGUCUCCCUCAGCGCUGGGCGUGCCUACGAAGCCCUCUCAUACGUCUGGGGGAACGCCAGCGACACUUCGCCCAUGGGCCUUGACGGGGCGACGUACUAUAUUACGAAAAUCUUGGAAUGCGCAUUGCGGUAUUUGCGGCACAAGGUAUCUCCCAGAGUCCUCUGGGUCGAUGCCGUCUGUAUAAACUAA